UCUGUGUUAUGUGGGCCUCUUUAUCAAAUUUUAGUUUGGAAGCCGGAGUUCCCCUUUAAAGUCAAAUAAAAGUGAAACAAUCUUUAGACUUGUCUUUAUACUGUGAUGUUGAGUGUUCCUCAAAAAUGCAAUAUCAUUCAUUAAAAAUGUGCUUUAAAAAAAGUCCUUUGAAAACCCAGUGUAGUCUGCACAAACAGAAAAAGCUCUAAUUUGUGGCUAUAAUUUGUCAGUAUCCUAAUGCUCUGAAUAAUCAAUAAUCCAUACAGAGGCAAUUCCCAUAAUAGCCACACCCUUGUUUGUUUCCAGAAUCCAGGCUGCAACCAUAUUACAUUCCAUCGCAUCCUUCAGUGAUCCAUGUAUAGAUGCAGGUCCCUAAAUAAGUCCACAAACGAAAGCUGCUCUUACUCCUUCCCAGGGGUAAUUGUAUGCAACAUUCCAAGAAACAUUAGAUGGCUGCCUUAGGGCAUGCACUCAGUUCCCAAGUGGAAACAGAGUAAACUGACAGUUAGGGAGAGCUGGGUUUGUGAACAUGUGAAAUGUGUUACUCUGUAAAUUAUAAAUUUGUUAAACCUCAGUUGUUAAACAGUGCAAAUUAUAUCCUUUGCGUCUUCCUAAAAAUUUAAAAAAGUUACAUUUUGUGUAUUUGGCUUUAGAAGUAUAGCCAUAUUAUGGCGUAUAGGUUAUACAUAUGUAGCUAGCUUUAAGUAGGCUCAAGUGAAAUGCAAUUUAAGAGUUAACACCACUAAUAAAUAGCCUAUAUUUUUUCCUUUUAAAUAUAAUAAGAUUUAAAUGGUUUUCAAUGUUUCUAUACACCUAUUCAUUAAAUCAAGCUAUACUUUAGUAUUCUUUCAACAGACCAUAAUUAAUUUGUUGUCGGAUACUAUUCGGUGUUAGGGUUGAUGGGUUUGCUUUGGAGACUCCAGGAUGCAUACAGUAACAGUAUCUGAGAGGUCCAUGCGUAGUUUGAAUCAGUAACUGAUACUAGAAGACUAAUUGUUAGGUGUGUCAUUUAAACACUGUUUUUUUCCCUUCCUAUUUUAGAGUCUGUGGGGCGACAUGGAGAUGAAAGGUGGUAAUGAACCUAAUCCAAAUCUUGGUUAUGGGAACCCAGGAUUUCCAAAUGCAGAUUAUUCAGGAUAUGCCCCACAACAAAAUCCUUAUGGAUUUUCACCGGCUGAGUACCAACCUGCUGGAUAUCCUCCUGGACCAUACCAAGUUCAGCCUGGCCAAGCGAUGCCAAAUCAGCCUGGUGUUCCUGUAACUGCCUGGAUGCCGGUUCCCCCUGCCAUCCCUAACUGCCCGCCAGGGCUGGAAUAUCUGAGUCAGAUUGACCAGAUACUGGUUCACCAACAAGUUGAGCUGCUAGAAGCACUGACUGGAUUUGAAACAAACAACAAAUAUGAGAUAAAAAACAACAUGGGCCAAAGAGUCUACUUUGCUGCAGAAGAAAAUGAUUGCUGCACGCGGAAUUACUGUGGCCCAAGUCGACCCUUUACCAUGACAAUUGUCGAUAACACGGGUCGGGAGAUUAUGAAAAUAGACAGGCCGUGCAGAUGUUCAGCCUGUUGUUUCCCCUGUUGCCUACAAAAACUUGAAGUGCAAGCUCCUCCUGGGACAGUUGUUGGUUAUGUUGUCCAGAACUGGCAUCCUUAUCUGCCUAAAUUUACUAUUCAGAAUGAGAGAGAACAAGGCGUUCUGAAAAUCAGAGGCCCUUGCAUUCCUUGUAGUUGUUGCACUGAUAUUAACUUUGAGGUAAAGUCAAUGGAUGAGAGCUCAGUGGUUGGAAGGAUCUCCAAACAGUGGACUGGUAGUGUAAACGAAAUAUUCACAGAUUCUGAUAACUUUGGAAUCCAGUUUCCAAUGGACCUUGAUAUAAAAACCAAAGCUACCAUGCUUGGUGCCUGUUUCCUCAUCGAUUUCAUGUUUUUUGAAACGAAGGAUAAUUGAAAUGGAAGACUGAGUUUAAACAACAACGUGUAUACAACCUAUUAUAAUAGUGACUGCAAAUGUUUCACUGCGGUCCAUUAACAAUUUAUUGUACGAUUCAGAUUCGUACAUAAACAUGUGAUGCUUGUGGCUUACUUUAAAUGGCAGUGACCCAAGUUUGAUCUUGUAAUUUGCAAUGAUUUUUAGGGUAAUGGCACAGUGGGGAAUUUGGACAUUAUACCAGCUGAUUAAAAACCAUUGACAUUUUCAUCUGAGAGUAGUAUUAAAAGUAAUUUAGUGUAGAUUUUUCAGAUUAUUCUCAUAGAGGAAAAGGUGAUUUUAUAUAUAGCUACUAAGAAUGCAGCAAUAAUAUGUGUACUUAAUAGUGCUAUUAAGUACACAUAAUAUACGGUAGCCAUGCAUUUUAAUUUAAUGUAUUUGGUUACUCCUCCCCUUCUACAGUUGAUUGUGCCAAGGAAAAUGCUAAAGCUGGCCAUACAUGCUCAAGUGGUGUAGCCCAUUUCUACCAUUCUGCCCAACUGUCUUGGCAUAUUUGUCAUUUCAUGGCUCAGAUCUUCCUGUAAUGAUGUCACAUUGCAGUUGAUCUGUCUAAAGGCCAUACACGUGCCGAUAAAAGCUGCCGACAGACAGAGUCGGCAGUUUAUUGGCCUGUUUGGGGCUCUCCGACAUGCUUCCCCGAUCAAUAUCUGCCCGAAAGUCACCAGAUGUUGAUCGGGCAGGGUAAAAAAUCCUGCGGGAUCGCGGCGACUCUGUUUCUUGAUGCAGUCCCGCAAUCUGACCGCCUGUAUUGCCUGCAUUGCCAUCCUACCAGUGGGCCCUAGGGCCCAUGAUCAGAUCAGCCCGAUAUCGCCCACCUCAAUUUGUAUUUAUCGGAGAGAUCCGCUCGUUUGGUGACAUCGCCAAAUGAGUGGAUCUCUCUGUGUAUGGCCACCUUUAGCUGAAAACCAAAUAUGCUUAUGAUGUUGAAUGGGACACCAGACAAUGAGGAAGAGAAAGGAGCCAUGGCCCAUAUAUACUGCACCUCUUCACCUUUCCAAUGACUCUCCUGCCUGGUGGUGAAAAUCCCCCUAGAUGGCAUACUUCAAUCAAUUUCAAAUAGAAUUUUUGGAGAGAGUCAUGGGCGAACCUCCCUUUGUCCUUUCUUCCUGAUGAAGGAAAGGUGUACCCCCCCAAAAAAUGUUGAUGCACAGGUGGUUACAAUAAAAGGGGUAAGCACCCCACCUGCAACAAACAUGAUGUCUGUGCGACUCUCUCCAAUAAUUCUACUUGCCAUAUAAACUUCCUAGCACAUGUGAACAUUAGCUUCACUGUUUAUGACCAGUUGUACUGUAUAUCUCUGAGCGGCAUGAGGCCAAGGCCAGCCAUUUACAGUUUUGGAGAAGUCAUGAUGAUUAUCUUAGUUUUCCUCUUUGUCUAUUUAUUAUAAUAAGGAAAUGUUUCCUGGAAGUAAUUUACUUGAAAUAACGAUCUACCUCUAAUAGAUAUAUUGAAGAGCUUUAUUCUGUACUGUGUACAAUGUACUCUGUACUUUGUUCUAUACUGUGAUUCUGUACAUAAAUUAAGUUGUAAAUAGAAUUUUCUUUUUCAAUUUCAACUUUUUAGAUUAAAUUGCCUUUUCCUUUUCAUUUAAAAAGUUUCUUGCUAGUAAAGCACCUUAUAACUGAUUUUGUAAAGAGCCAGUGGGGUAAAUUUAUCAAAGAGUGAAGUUCUGCAGCUCUCAAUUCAUUUCUAUGGGAUUUUGAAAGGCGUAUUUAUCAAUGGGUGAAAGUGGAAUUUCACCCUUUGAUGAAUACGCCCUUAAAAAUCCCAUAGAAAUGAAUGAGGAGUGGCGGAAUUUCACUCUAGUGGCGGAACUUCACUAUUAACUUCUCUCUUUGAUAAAUAUACCCCAUUGUUUUCUUAGGGCCCUGACAGGGCACUUUAUCUCUGCCCUCCUGCAAAAAGGGCCCAGAAAUACUUGCCGACUGCACCCGUCGGAAUGUAAAACGCUGUAUAUGCAGUGAUCCCAGGUAAUCGCAUGAAAAAGCCUUCUUCCGAGGUUGUCACAUGCAAAGUGAUUAAAAUGCAGUGAUUCCAAUGGGUGUGGCUAGACAGGAAUUUUCAGACACUUUGUGGCCUUGGUAGAGACUUCUAGAGCAAUAUAAUAAUUUUUUGUCAUGUAUUUUGCAUUAUUUCUGUGCUAAUAUUCACCUGAAAAACUUAAAGACUUACCUAAACAUUAGAUCAUUAAAUAAAUGUUUAAGUAUUAAAGGAACUUGUGAUGUUUGUUGUAACAUAUUUUGAGAUCUCUUUUAAUCUAUGAUAUUGAUGUGUUGGAGUGUAAGAGAAUACAAGCAGUAUAUUAACACCCUCUCCAUUGCA